AUGGCUCCCGCAAAGAAGGGUGGUGAGAAGAAGGGACGUUCUGCCAUCAACGAGGUGGGGACCCUAGACUAUACCAGCAACAUUCACAAGCGCAUGCGUGGAGUGGGCUUCAAGAAGGGUGUUCUUCGGGCACUCAAAGAAAUUCAGAAAUUUGCCAUGAAGGAAAUGGGGACUCCAGAUGAGCGCAUCGACACCAGGCUCAAUAAAGCCUUCUGGGCCAAGGGAAUAAGGAAUGUUCCAUAUCACAUCCAAGUACUUGUGUCCAGAAAACAUAGGGAGGAUGAGGAUUCACCAAACAAGCUCUAUACAUUGGCUAACUUACACUUACAUGCCUGUUACCACAUUCAAAAUUUCUAUUUAUAA